AUGGACGAACAGGUAGUGUUCACCACGAACAACAGCGGGUGUGUGUCCAAUGUGCACUCAUUCGAGCAAGCAAAUCUGAGACAGUGUAAUGUCGGUGCGAAGAACAGUGCCGUGCUUGUAGGUGCUGACCAUCUUUUUGUGGCGCAAGGCCAGAAGGCGCUGAUCAACGUCUACGAUGUCAGCGGGUCCACGAAGAGAGAGUCUGUCGAGCAGCGGCUGCCCCUACCGGAGAGUGUCAACUGUCUGGAGGUGGUCGACUCGAUACCGUCCAUACAUGAGGGUGUCUCUGGUGUAGAUGGGGUCCAGCACCAGUUGGGGGCGUUCCAUCUGCCGUAUCUGCUCCUGGCAUCUACGGAGUCCGGAAAGCUGUACGUGUGGGAAUUGAAUUCUGGUGUAUUGCUGAACGUCAAGCAGAUGGCACACUACCAAAAUAUCACCAAGAUAAAAUCCGUCCUAGGUGGGAAGUACAUUAUAACGAGCGGGAUGGAUUCGCGUGUCAUCGUGUGGCAAACCGUCGAUCUCGUCUCGCAGGAAGAUCCCAAACCCGUCGCCGUGAUUCACGACCAUACUCUCCCAGUCACCGAUUUUGAAGUAUCGUGUACCUCGGGGGCGCAUCUCACCACUUCCGGAUUAAAGUUGUUCACCACAUCGUUGGAUUCGACGGUUAGGUGUUACGAUCUGAACCUGUGCGGGAACGACGGGAAGAUGAAGUAUGAUAGUGCUGCCAGCGCAGUAAAAUUGGUAGCCACUUUCUCCCUGCCACAUGCUGUCCACGCACUAGCAUUGGACCCCGCGGACAGAGCCAUCUAUCUCGGCACUGCGGACGGUUGUUACCAGUUGGCGCUCUACUACAAGCUGAACGGGACACAGAUGGCCAAUCUCACACAAUUAAGUAACAACACCAACAAGGGCAAGCUCUACUCUGUGCUAGAACUGAACACAGCGAUGACCCAGGAUCGGAACGCGCUGUUCAGUAUGGGCCAACUCGUCAUGGAGAAAGUGAUCGACUACUCCGUGGAGGUGCUGCGUGUAUCGCUCGACGGCACGGUCCUGUUGGUGGGGGACUCCCAAGGGAGGGUAUCCAUCACGGAGAUAUACUCUAAACAGAUCCUGCGGACUCUACAGGCGCUCACCACACAGGACACACUCGCGGGGAAGGUCACAAAUAUUCUACUCAACGUGUACAGUACGGAGGAGCGUGACAGAUUGUCUACAGUGCUCGGCAGUGGAGACUCUCAUAACAGCCACCACAAUACGAACAAGAUACCGAACCUGCAGAGGUCAAUGUACGACAGAAGCAAGCUCGGACAGCUUCACGAGAUAUGGUUCCAGACGGGCGCGGAGAUCCCAUCUGCAACUGCGGCAAUCGAAGACGCCACGCCGCUGUCGGAUCUCGACGCAUACCUGGACCACGCCAAGCAACAAGAACUUGUGUUCCAGACCGUGGACCGGACAGGAUCCGAGCAGAUCCGCCAACAGACACCAGGCGCAAGUGCGAGUGCAAGUGGAAGCGCGGCGUCCCCAGAGGAGGUCGCCCGCCUGCAGGAGCAAGUCCAUAAGUUAACCGAGGCCUACAAAGAGUUGCGCAGCAUCAACGAGACGCUGCUGCGGGACCGAGUCUGA